GAAUUAUCAAAUAUUGUGGUUACAAAUUGAAUUCAAUCAAAUUCAUAGACGAUAAAUUAUUAAGAUUGGACGAAUCGGUGAUGAGUGGAGUUGUACUUGUUCCAUAGUUUAAAUGAUCAUUGGCUUCUUCAAAGUCAAAAUGUUGGACGAACAAGCAAACUAAUUACUCGGACAAAAAAAAUUUAAAUAAUAUGUCACAAUCAAACGUGAUGAGCAGCUCCUUGUUAAUUCUACCAUAUAACGUCGUCUCCGCCAUCUCACAUUUAUUCACCAAACCUUUACGACCUUCCCUCUCUUUCUCUGUACACGACGACGCCGAGAGAAAUAUCGACCGUUGGAUCAUGCCACCACGCGUUUUAUCCGACGGUCAUGGAUUACCCACACUGCUGUUGCCGCUGUUACUUCUCCUGUUCUUGCCGUACGUUGUCGGCCAGGCAAGAAACGUCAGUCCGUACAACGAGACAAGAUCUCAUAUCCCAGCGAUUGUACUUGGAAUGCUUACGAUCUCUUUGAUCAUUAGCAUGCUUGCUUUCUGCUUCUGUUACAAGUUUUGCCUCUCGCCACCGGCCACCGACGACAUCGAGCCCGGAGGAGGGUGGCCGAGGAGGACGGCCGGACGUGGUGGACUCGACACUGAGGUCAUCGAGUCGUUUCCGGCUUUCCGUUACUCGGAGGUUAAGGGCCUUAAGAUCGGAAAAGGCGGUGAGGAAUGCGCAGUGUGUUUGAACGAGUUUCAGGACAGUGAAAACCUGCGUCUUAUGCCACCUUGUAGUCAUGUUUUCCACGCUGAAUGCGUCGAUGUCUGGCUCUCUUCUCGCCCGACAUGUCCCGUCUGUCGGGCGAAUCUGUAUCCGAAAUCUGGUGAGAGCUUUCCGUACCCGUUCGUGGACCCGGAUACAGAUCCAGAGACGGGUAUUACGGGUAGAAGCGACCUGGAAUCCCCCGACGUACAUUUGAUAGAUAGCAUUACAUGGAUCGGCCGGAACAGACCACCUCGGUCACGGUCCACAGGGCUAUCCGGUUGGCGAAUCUCAGACAUGAUAUUUCCGAGGUCCCAUUCCACCGGGCAUUCCUUGGUUCAACUAGGUGAGAAUUUAGACAGAUUUACUCUACAGUUACCUGAGGAGAUCCGGAGACAAUUGAUAAGGUUGAACCGGAUGGCAUUACCUGAAGUGAGGAGCUCGAGGCGCGGGUACAGAAGCGGCAGCGUGAGGAGCGAGAGGAGUGCUUUCGGGUACGGAAAGCGUAAUAACUCGCAGCCACGGGCGCUUUCUCUGUCUUUCUCUUUCUCUUUUGGAGCUGCCUCCGCCCGAACCUCCCCUAGCAGGGUCGAUGCGGCUGCGGCUCCACCACUGAAGAGUCAAUCAAGACCAGUCAAUUUACCAUUCCAGAAGACAGCUCAGAGCAAGGACGGAGAUUUUGGUGAACGAUCAUUCGAACGGCUCACGGGCUCAGGCCAGAUGGUCUAA